CCGAGCACAGUUUAGGUUUCGUGCUGUCUUAAGAGAACUAUCCAGCAGCUUCUUGCUCAUCCUUAUUGGGAGAACUGCACCGUUACUUUAAAAACAUACAUACACAAAAACCUUAAGGGAGAAAGCAGGUAAUUGCUGCCAUGGAAACACAACUGUCUAAUGGGCCAACUUGCAAUAACACAGCCAAUGGUCCAACCACCAUAAACAACAACUGCUCGUCACCAGUUGACUCUGGGAACACAGAGGACAGCAAGACCAACUUAAUAGUCAACUACCUUCCUCAGAAUAUGACACAGGAGGAAUUAAAGAGUCUUUUUGGGAGCAUCGGGGAGAUAGAGUCUUGUAAGCUUGUAAGAGACAAAAUAACAGGGCAGAGCUUGGGAUAUGGCUUUGUGAACUACAUUGACCCUAAGGAUGCAGAAAAAGCUAUCAACACCCUGAAUGGAUUGAGACUUCAAACCAAAACAAUAAAAGUUUCCUAUGCUCGCCCAAGUUCAGCUUCUAUCAGAGAUGCAAAUUUGUACGUCAGUGGACUCCCAAAAACAAUGACUCAGAAGGAGCUGGAACAGCUUUUUUCACAAUAUGGGCGCAUUAUUACUUCUCGUAUUCUUGUUGACCAGGUCACUGGCAUAUCAAGGGGUGUAGGGUUUAUUCGAUUUGACAAGCGGAUUGAGGCAGAAGAAGCUAUCAAAGGCCUAAACGGCCAGAAACCUCCUGGUGCCACAGAGCCAAUCACUGUAAAGUUUGCUAAUAAUCCAAGCCAAAAAACCAAUCAGGCCAUCCUCUCCCAGCUGUACCAGUCUCCAAACAGAAGGUAUCCAGGACCAUUAGCUCAGCAGGCACAGCGUUUUAGGUUGGACAAUCUGCUCAAUAUGGCUUAUGGAGUAAAGAGUAGGUUUUCUCCAAUGACCAUUGAUGGAAUGACCAGUUUGGCUGGAAUUAAUAUCCCUGGGCACCCAGGAACAGGGUGGUGUAUCUUUGUGUACAACCUGGCUCCUGAUGCAGAUGAGAGUAUCCUGUGGCAAAUGUUUGGGCCUUUUGGAGCUGUCACCAACGUGAAGGUCAUCCGUGACUUUAACACCAAUAAAUGCAAAGGUUUUGGAUUUGUGACUAUGACAAACUAUGAUGAGGCCGCCAUGGCAAUAGCUAGCCUCAAUGGAUACCGUCUGGGAGACAGAGUACUGCAGGUCUCCUUUAAGACCAACAAAACGCACAAAGCCUAAUGCGCUCUUGUCCUCAGUCCAUUUAUAUAUGAAAACUAUACAACAAAGGCAAGUUAAGAGAAACUUUAUACAUUAGUAAAUGUCUUUGUAAGUCAGUGUUGAGAUGGGGAUAAAACGACUACUUA